AUGUACUUCGUCUCAAAGACGCUGGCGGAGAAGGCAGCAUGGGAAUUUGCCGAGAAGAACCAUUUGGAUUUCAUAAGCAUCAUACCGACCUUAGUCAACGGACCAUUCAUCAUUCCCACCAUGCCUCCCAGCAUGCUCUCUGCACUGGCUUUGGUAACAGGGAACACACCACAUUACUCGAUCUUGAACCCAGUCCAGUUUGUGCACUUGAAUGAUCUUUGCAUGGCUCACAUAUUCUUGUUCGAGCAUCCGGAAGCGAAGGGGAGAUACGUUUGCUCUUUUCACGACAUCACCAUCUCGGAUCUGGCGAAGAUGCUAACGGAGAGGUACCCUGAGUAUGACAUCCCCACCGAGUUUGAAGGGAUCGAUGAGGUAUCGGACGUGAUCAAGUUCUCCUCAAAGAAGCUUACUGACUUGGGCUUUACGUUCAAGUACAGCAUGGAGGACAUGUUCGACGGAGCAAUAGAGUCGUGCAGGGAGAAGGGAUUGCUGCCGCUGACAACCAAGAAAGAGCAGGUCGAUGGCCACAACUAGAUUUUACCAAGGGAAUAACACGUCAGAUGAUCUGUGUUGGAGAACUUCUAUCUUCUGUUCAUCUUUAUUUGGGUCAUGUAUCUCAGAGCAAUAUAAUCUCUUUGCAUCUUCUAUCCAGUUAAUAAAC